AUGUCAAGCUUAUUGCGGCGGUCGACCGGCCUUGCGCGGAUCGCUAGCAAUACGUUUAGCGCCUCUGCCCGCUCGACGAUACGAUCCUCGCGUUUGGUACCUACAUCUCAGGCUGCCUGGGCAAUCCAGCUAAAGCGCCAUUACUCUGAAAAGAAGCCAGAGGAAUCUGAUAAGGAGAAAGAAGCUAGCCAGAAUGCGGUUCCCCAGUCCAAACUUCCCUAUUCAAAGCCCGAAGUCCAAAGUCCUAAAUCGCCUGGACCAACGGAGGAGGAUCUGCCAGAGGCACCCAAUCCCCCUCUUUAUCCUGACUGGGUACACUUAACCAAGGAGGAGCUCGAGGCAUUCAAACAACUAACCAAUAAGGUACCUAUACGUGUUGACGAUAAUAUCUUUAAGAUAGUAAAGAGAACUGGGUUACCUGUUGACCUUCGGGAUUUAAUCAGAGGUGUAAUUACGGGAGACGCUGGCCCUUCUGUCAUAGCAAAAGCAUUGAAGGGUUUAAACCAGUAUUACAAGGGGUUAAAAGGUAUGGACUUAGGGGAACUUACUAAGGACUAUAAGGACCAUAAGGAUAGUGAACCUGACGCCUAUACCAACAUACCCUCAAAGAAAAACCGGAAACAAGCCAGAAAGGCGCAGGAACAAGAAGAGAAAAGAGGUAACCAGCAGAGGUCUAAGGAAAGUGAACAGGGUUUUAAUGGAUUCAACUCGAAUAAAAACCCCCCCGGCCCCAGCCCGAAUGGCAAUCCCACACAAGGAAACGACUGGCUUACCAUGGUAGUGGGCUCGGCUAUUGCGUAUUGGCUUUACAACUCCAUAUUCGAAGAGAGUGGCCGAGAAAUCACAUGGCAAGAACUAAGGAAGAACUUCCUAGACAAGGGUCUUGUUGAAAGAAUGGUUAUUCAGGGCCAUCGAGUCCGUGUUGAUCUCAACCGGGACGCGACCCAAUCGAUGUAUCCUGAUUCAGUUGCGACACGCCCCGGUUUCCACUACUACUUCUCUAUUGCCUCUGCCGACGCUUUUGAAAGGCGUCUAGACGAAGCUCAGAACGAACUUGGUAUCCCUAGUAGCGAGAGGAUUCCUGUGAGCUAUGCUCCGGAAAGCCCAUUCUUCAACCUCCUGAUAGCAUUCGGCCCUACAGUAGUGCUUGUCAGUCUUCUCGUCUGGGCUAGUCGACGCGGUCCCGGCGGUGUUGGUGGGUCAGGCGGUGUCUUCGGAUUCGGAAAGAGCAAGGCGAAGCGCUUCAGUCACGAGACUGCAAUUAGAGUCAAGUUUUCGGAUGUAGCUGGUAUGGACGAAGCCAAGCAGGAGAUAAUGGAGUUUGUGAGCUUCCUCAAGAAGCCGGAACGGUUCCAAAGACUUGGCGCUAAAAUCCCGCGCGGCGCAAUUCUUGCUGGGCCUCCUGGAACUGGUAAGACAUUGCUUGCAAAAGCCACUGCGGGCGAAUCCGGAGUACCGUUCUUCAGCGUAAGCGGUUCUGAAUUUGUCGAGAUGUUUGUUGGUGUGGGUGCGUCCAGGGUCAGAGAUCUCUUCGCCACGGCGCGGAGACACACGCCGUGCAUCAUUUUCAUCGACGAGAUCGAUGCCAUCGGGCGGUCUCGAUCAGAGGGCCAGCGGUUUGGAGGAAAUGACGAACGAGAAGCUACGCUCAACCAGAUCCUGACAGAAAUGGACGGGUUCAACACCACUGAUCAGAUUGUUGUUCUUGCCGGUACCAAUCGAGUAGACAUUUUGGAUAAGGCGCUGAUGCGACCUGGACGAUUCGACAGACACAUCAACAUUGACGCCCCGACGAUGGCAGGACGACAAGACAUUUUUAAGGUUUACUUGAAGAAGAUUGUCACGAAUGAAGAAAUCGAAUAUCUAAGUGGCCGGCUUGCGUCUCUGACACCGGGCUUCGCUGGUGCCGAUAUCGCAAACUGCGUAAACGAGGCUGCACUCAUUGCUGCGAGGAAUAAUGCUACGUCGGUUACGCUACAGCACUUUGAGCAAGCUAUCGAGCGUGUUAUCGGUGGUCUUGAGCGCAAGUCGCUAGUGCUAAACCCGGUAGAAAAGAGAACAGUAGCUUAUCACGAGGCCGGACAUGCUAUCUGUGGCUGGUUUUUCAGAUAUGCGGACCCCCUGCUCAAGGUUUCGAUCAUACCCAGAGGUAAAGGCCUCGGAUAUGCGCAAUACCUGCCGGGAGAUGCAUACCUGAUGACCUACGAGCAAUUGAUGGACCGGAUGGCUAUGACAUUAGGAGGCAGAAUCUCAGAGGAGAUACACUUUCCUACAGUGACAACGGGAGCUAGCGAUGAUUUCGACAAAGUAACUCGGAUGGCCACAGCUAUGGUAACACAAUGGGGCAUGUCUGACAAAGUUGGGCCGCUACAUUUCCACAACGACGAGAGCAAGAUCUACAAGCCGUUCUCUGAGGGAACGGGUCAGGUUAUCGACGCAGAAGUAAGACGGAUUAUAGAGCAGGCAUACAAGAAAUGCAAAGAUCUUUUGGUAGAGAAGAAAAAGGAAGUAGGACUCAUCGCAGAGGAAUUAUUGAAAAAGGAGGUCCUUGUUCGGGAUGACAUGGUUCGGAUAUUGGGACCCCGGCCAUUCAGUGAUAGGGACGACUUUUCCAAGUAUUUUGGUGGCGAUGCUCGUAAUGCACCGGCAGGACCGCCGCCAGCGCCAUCAUCUCCAUCCCUUCCCGAUGCUCCUGAGCCCCCAUCAAGCCCUGCAAUGUUCAGGGAAAUUGAGGAGGAAAACAGGUAG